AUGGAGAACAAUGUGAUGGAGGCCAAACUCAUGGGCAAUGAAGCAAUGGAGGCUGCAGUCAAGGAGCAUUCAAUGGACAGGGCUGGGCUAGAUCUCAACAAGCCAGCCUUCUCUCCUACAGCAGGCUGUUUCAGGGAUGAUGAAUCAUUCCUCAUCAUUGCCCAAGAGCCACCCCUCUGGGGCAUGAGGAAGGGCAAGCACUUCUACCAUUGUUUUGUCCUUGUGACACUUUACAAGGACUGCUAUGCCAUUGGCCAGGACCAGCUCUACAACGAGGUCAAGAAGUCACUCCAGCACAACAUCCACAUUCUACAUCACAUCCACAAGAAAUGGGCACAGACAGUCACCCAUCUUGGCAACUUGACUACCUGGCAUCGCCUCACAGCCAAGCUCAACCUCACUGGACCAGUUGAAGGUGGCUGCCUGUGGAUGGACUCAUUCAACAUCCAGCUCAGUGGUGUCACUUGCAUCUUGAAGAAGGACCUGGCCUGGAGCUACAAGCUAAAUUCUCCUGGCCAGCAUUUCAUGGUGCUGCUCAAUGCACAUGGCCAGUUCCAGGCCUUGUGGGGUGGGUACUCACCCAAGAUCUUUGAUGGGGACUUCCUCAAGAUUCAGCAAUAG